UUCAUAGUAUUACCACAGACGAGUCAAUGGUAUUACCAGGUACAACCUCAGAUGACUAUACGUGCUGUGACAUUAUUUUCAAAUAUGUAUGGAAUGCUUUUAUCAUUCACUGAUAAGGUCGGUAAAAAUAAAUGAUGUAACUUGGGAGCACUGUAGUUUUACUUUUUUGCACAGGAUUUUUUAAUACAUAAGUGUGUUUUAUAUUCCAAUUUUUAUUUAGUAUCUAAUAAAGCAAUCAUUAAAUAUAACCUGUAAGAAUUCAAAUAUACCGAGUAUAGGGAUGAAUUGAGAAUUAAUUUAUUGUUUAAUUUCACUGCUGUUUUAUAUCAAUAGAAAUUAUUGUUGUUACAAUAAAACACAUUUAUUGUUCAUUAAGGGUACAUAGAAUGGCAAAAAAUAAAAUACAAGAUAAAUUUACAAAAUCAAAACCUAAAUCUGUUAUUUCAAAAAAAGAAAGUAAAUUUAAAAUGUCCAUAUUGAACAUUUCAGUUAUGGUUUUAUGCAUUGCUGUUGCUAUUUGGUUCAGUUAUAGAGGAUACUUAGAAACAAGAGUGAAUACUCCAUAUGAUGUAAAAAAGCUAGUUACAGCCUCUGGAUUGGAUGUUGCAGACAGAUAUUGGGGUACCUAUAGAUCAGGUGUUUAUUUUGGAUUAAAAACUCGAGAUCCACAUUCUUUAAUAACAGGAUUGAUGUGGUAUUUCCCACAUUUAUUGCGUCAGGAUAGAAGUGGCCUUAGACAUUGGUGUGAACAAAGUGAUAGACUAGAUAGAUAUGCAUGGAUGGAGCAUGAUGGAAGAACAUUUGGUGUUCAAGAAAUAGUGGAUAAUUCAGCUAUUUUAACUACUACAUUUGUUAAAAGACCUGGUGGUAAACAUGGUGGAGAUUGGACUGCAAGAAUUUCUGUAACUUCUAAGGAUAAGAUACGAGAUGGUGAAGAAAUUUCAUUACUUUUCUAUACUGCCAUUGAAGAGAAUGUUAAAGGAUGGAUUAAAGUUAAUCUUGGCGAUGAAAAACAGUUAACAGGUGUAGAGGGAAAUACUCAAGGUUUAGGUUCGUUUACUAUAAAUCUUAAUAUGAUACAUGGAACUGUAGAGGAGCAUUCUUUUCUAGCAACUGUUGCUCCUGGCUUAAAUGCCUUGAAAGAAACAGUUCUCCAAAAUCUAAGGAUAGCAUUUCAUAAAGGAUCAUCAAAGGAAUACAUAGUUCUAGCAGGUGAACAAAUACCAUUAUCGGUAGAUGGAAAAAGAAGAGAUGCAAAUUUUAUUGCAACACAAAUAACAGGGAAAAUUCCUUUUGAAAUUGAAAUUAGUUAUGAAUCAGGUAGUUUUAUUAACAGAGUCAACAAAUUAAUUGGUCAAAAUUAUGACCGUACUUUAGAAACACACCGAAAAUUAUUUGAUGACAAGUUUGAGAAGGUGUUUAAAUUAAAGUCGAAGGGUUAUACAGAAGAAGAAAUUAAAUUUGCAAAAAUGACGCUAUCGAAUAUGAUAGGCUCUAUAGGCUACUUCUAUGGAAGUUCACAAGUCCAAAGUCAAUAUACUAAAGGUCCUGUGCCUUACUGGAAAGCACCUUUAUAUACUGCUGUACCUAGUAGAAGCUUCUUUCCACGAGGAUUUCUAUGGGACGAAGGUUUUCAUGGCUUGCUUAUAUCAGUUUGGGAUUUAGAAAUCGAACUAGAUAUUAUAAAUCAUUGGUUCGACUUAAUGAACGUCGAAGGAUGGAUUCCGAGAGAAAUGAUUUUGGGUCAAGAAGCUCUAGCGAAAGUUCCAGAAGAGUUCGUAACUCAAAUAAAUACAAAUGCAAAUCCACCUACAUUUUUUUUAACAUUGCAUUUUAUACUUAAGCACAAAAAAGAAGAGAUAUUAGAAAAACAUUUCCAAUUUUUUGAUAAUUUGUACCCUCGUCUUCAGACAUGGUUUAAUUGGUUUAAUACUACGCAAAUUGGAGAUAUAUCAAGUACGUAUAGAUGGAGAGGUAGAGAUGGAACAACUAAUAAAGAAUUAAAUCCAAAAACGCUCACAUCUGGAUUAGAUGAUUAUCCAAGAGCUUCUCAUCCAAAUGUCGAUGAACGACAUGUCGAUUUACGUUGCUGGAUUGCAUUUGCAGCUGAUAUUAUGCAUCAGAUCAGCGAAAUGUUAAGUCACUCUAAUAAUAAAUAUCAAGAGACCUAUCAGUACUUAUCUGAUAAUAGUUUAUUAAAUAAGCUACAUUGGUCACCAAGUACACAAACGUAUGCUGAUUUCGGAUUGCAUACAGAUAAAGUAAUUCUACGAAAAGUAACUCCGUCUUCAAGAUCACAUCUACAACCGUCGGAAACAAUACGAGUUGUAAUGGAAGAUCCAACUCUAAGAUACAUUGAUUCUUCUUUCGGAUAUGUCUCGUUAUUUCCAUUUAUUUUACAAAUUAUUAAUCCCAGUUCUCCACAGUUAGGCAAAGUACUACAGGAUUUAACCAAUCCUGACCUAUUGUGGACUAAAUAUGGCUUACGAUCACUCGCAAAGAUAUCACCGCUUUACAUGGAAUAUAAUACUGAACACGAUGGUCCUUACUGGAGAGGAGCUAUUUGGAUGAAUUUGAAUUAUUUGACAGUACGAGCAACGCACUACUAUUCUAACAUUGAAGGUCCAUAUCAAGACAAAGCGAGAAAAAUUUAUCAGAAUUUAAGAAAGAAUUUAAUACAAAACGUUAUUAAGCAAUAUAAGAAAACUGGAUACGUAUGGGAAAAUUAUGGAGAUGUUCAUGGAGAAGCAAAAGGUAGUCAUCCAUUCACUGGUUGGACAUCUCUAGUUUUAUUACUUAUGGCAGAAAUUUAUUAAUCAUAGAUUCGUAUUGUAAAUAGUUUCAUCUAUAAGUAUAUCAUUUGACUACAAGCAGAAUCAAAAGAUAUUGCUGAUAUUCAUAUACGGUAAAUGCUGUGAAUAUUGGCUAUUUUGUUGUUAUGCAUAAAAAUGUGAUAAUAUCUGUAAAUUAUCAUAAACAUUUAUAGGAAUGUAUACUUUUUUAUAUAAUAGAAUGAUACUGAUUAAAUGGAGACAUAAAUUUUAAGAAAUAACAAUAGUACAGAACUCUUAUCUACAAGUAUUGUAAUCACGUAAAAUUAAUUAUGUACGAAAUCUAUUUUAAUAGAGAUCUUAAAUAACAUAAACAAUUUACAUAUUUUUAGAUUAACUCCCUAAUUACUUCUACAAUAUAGUGAUUAUAAUUUAAGUUAAUAAGUAUUAAAAUACAUUUUUGGUUCUUAUGUAGAUUA